GAGAGAGAGAGAGACUUCUCUCCGCUGUCAAACUGCGGGUUGAAGUUGCAACAUUGCGAACAGCCUUCAAAACUAAAGUGGACACCACUGUCAGAGCAAACUUUACCAGGACAUGGAUAUGACCUAAACUGGCCCAUAUCUGAUGAAAGAAGCUCAGCAGGAUGAUUCCUGUGGUGCCUGAGUCAUACACUCAUGUCUUGGCUGAGUUUGACUGUUUAGACCCCUUGCUCUCUGCCCUGCGGCUGGACUCGGGCAGACUCAAGUGCACAUGUAUUGCAGUGUCUAGGAAAUGGCUUGCACUUGGCACCUCAGCAGGAGGGCUGCACCUCAUCCAGAGAGAUGGCUGGAAACAGAGACUCAUCCUAACACACAAGGAGGGCUCUAUUACUCAGGUAGCAUGUUGCCCACAUGAUGAAGACUUUAUUGCUGUGGCAACAAGUGAGGGUCUUGUGGUGGUGUGGGAGCUGCAGUUGGAGAGGCGGGGACGUCCUGAGCGUGCAUGUGUGUCAUGGGAGCACCGUGGACAGGCCAUAACAGCUCUGUGCUGGGAUACAGCAGCUCUCCGUGUCUUCAUUGGAGACAUGGGUGGGAAAGUGUCCUUUCUACGUGCUGGAUCCUCUAAACUUGGCAAGGGUACAGCGUUUGUGAUCUUCCCAGUUCAAACCGUCACCACUGUAGACUCCCGUGUGGUGCAGCUGGGAUACCUGGAAGGUCGUCUGCUGGUCUCUUCACUCAGCCGCUGCUAUCUCUGUGAUACUGAAAGAGAGAAGUUUUGGCGAGUGGGCAAUAAGGAGCGUGACGGAGAGUAUGGAGCAUGUUUUUGCCCGCAGCAGCAGCAGGCUGGGCUGAGGGGGGUGACAGGAGCCACCAGCCACCUGCUGUUCUGUGCUCGGCCAGGUUCGCGUGUCUGGGAGGCCAACUUCAACGGAGAGGUGCUCAGUACUCAUCAGUUCAAACAGCUACUCGCCUGCCCUGCGUUGCCUCUCAUCUCGUACAAGAGUGAGCCACAGUAUAACCCAGGACAGAAGAGUUCUCAGUCUUUAGCUUUUCCUCGACUACUUCACUUUGGUGAUCUGAACCUCCUGACAUGGACAGAUUCUGCUAUUUAUAUCUUUACUCCCCAGAGUGGACAAGUGUUGCUGUGGACCGAAGUCAAAGAUAUAGUAGACAUUGCGGUGUUCCGUAGCGAGCUAUAUUGUCUCCAUGGCGAUGGGCACUUGUCUCACCUGUCGUUGUUGCCUGCUGAACGCUGUGUGGAGAGAUUGAUGAGGCGAGAGAGCUGGACACUGGCUGCCACUGUCUGCUGCAUGUUCCAGCACGCUAUAGUGGCAUGCAGGGCAAGAAAGUCUAUCCCCACUGACCGCCUGGAACAUCUCAAGUCCCAGCUUAGCUCCACCUCCCAGCAGCAGCUGAUCAGCCAGCUGGAUGAAGUUAUCAGCAAGUUGGAGCCUUUAGACUCUGCCUGCAGCAGUCGCAGAAGCAGCAUCUCUUCUCACGUGAGCCUGGAAAGCUUCAGUGUGCUGGAUUGUGGCAUAUACCGUGUCAUCAGCCGUAGAGGCAGCCAGUCUGAUGAGGACACUAGUUCCCUCAUUAGCCAGUCAAUGCUGGAGGAGGAAAGGCUCAAGGAGUUUAACUUUGCUCAGGAAGAGGAGCAGGGGGAGCAUGACUCUCAGUCAUGUGUGCGUAUAGAGGGGGAUAAAUCAGAUCUCGGCCUACAGUUUCAUCUGCCACUCUCAUUCCGCCCCAAACCACCACGCAUGGCCCUGCAGGCUGUUAAAGACAGUGUGUCAAGCUUUGUGAAAAAGACCACAGAGAAGAUCAACACUCUGCAAAUGAACUCUGACCUUUGGACCCGACCUGAGCAUAGGGAGAGCGGGCACGGAGAAAUCACAGCCUCACCUGCCCCAUUCCCAGAUGAAGUGGACAAUGAAUCUAUUGUUGACCAUGCGGAGAAUGAUCUGCAGGAGCUGAGGGCAGCAACAGAGAAGGCCAUCUUACAGAUCCAGGACCCUCUAGUUCUUUUGGAACCUGGAUGCCUGACAGAGGUUCUCUUAGAGUGGGUCCCUGUUCUAGAGAGGGUCCUGGGACCAGAGGACCAUGUGGACAGAGGAGAUAAUAGAGAGAAGAAGGAGGAGAAGAAGAGUUUGGAAAUGGAAGAUGAAGAUGCAGACACUCAGUCAUGCUCCACCUUCUCUCAGUCUGACAGUGCAGAACAAGACCACACCUCAGCACUUCAGAAGGGAGAAAGCCUUACCGAUAACAGCCUCAGUUCUGUCCCUCCUGCUCCGGUGUUCUCGUCACCCUUGACAGCUCAGGUGAAAUUGAUUCAGCCGCAUUUGCCCUCUGACCUCCAGGAUAACCUCACUCAGCUUGCCUGUCUUUACUUGGACAUGGGCUGCCCGGGUGGAGCAGGUGAUGGAGGAGUGGAGAAAGUGUGUGUUUUUCUGCAGACGUUCUUUUUCCUCCUGGAUAAGGAGAGAGUCAGGAGGAUGUGUAUGUUGAGGUACAGAGAGCAACCAGAUGUCUUAAAGGCGUAUAUUGCCGGCAUGAUGGAGUUCACCCGGGGCAGUAAGGUGGUGGAAGUAAUCCAGAAAGGAGACUUGCUGAAGUCACUGCGCAGUCUAAGAGAGCUGCAGCCCUGGAAUGCUCCCAUGCUUCUGUCUCAUCUUUACAGACUGUAUGAGAAACAUGGAGAGGUGGCCGUUCGUGCAUACCCUCAGUUCUACCCUACAAUCCUUCCCUCUGACGUCAUGGCUAUGGUCCAACCCAGUCACUUUUUGCCCUACCUAGACAAUCUCAUUCAGUCCCAAGUUGAGGAACAAAGGCUGUCUUUCUUGGGGUCACUCCUUCAGCCUGAAACAUUGCGACAAGAUUGGCUAGAGCUGGCUCUUACCCAUGAUGCACCGCAGAGAGAGGAUACAAUUACAGCCGAUGGACAGCCAAAGUGGCAUUCUCACUACUUUUGCUGGGGCUAUGGGCGUCUGUUAUCGCUGCUGAUCCGCCUGCCUGCUGACCUUGCCUCCAAACAGAAGAUGCUUGAGUCGUGUAGAGUACAUGGGUUCUGGACAGGCUACCUGUAUUUGUGCAAUGAGCUGCAGCGCCGCACCGAGGCGUUCUCUGCCAUUUGUGGACUGGAUGACAUGAGUCUGCUGGAGGAGCCCAGUGGUAUAGUUCCUCAGACAGUUGAGGAGUGGAUGUUAUUGAUUCAGCUUUGUCAGCAGCACCGCAACAGCAGCAGCCUCUCAGCUUCAGCUGUCACACUUUCAUCUUCUGCUGACGCCACCUGUCAGUCCAAUGUAAACAAAAGUAACGGCACAAGCAGCGAUACCUGCACAAGUGACAUGAAUGGUAAAGGCAUUGAUAGUGGGCCUGGUGACCCGUCUAAUGAUUCAGUGGAUUGGAGCAGCCAGGUGAACGUGGAGAAGUUGACAUUGUGUCUAGCUCGAGCUGUGGGACCUGAUCGGGCUUUAGCAGCUCUGCAGGAGUGUGGAGUGCAGCUGGAGCUCAGCCCCCGUUCUACACUCAUGUGUGAGCUUCUGAGAGUGGCAGAGAAGAGGCAGAGAGCUCUGAUUCAGACUAUGCUGGAACGGUGUGAUCGGUUCCUCUGGUCUCAACAUGCCUAAUGGAGAUUCUCCUCUGGGUCCUCCUCCUCACAUCCUCUCUGCUCUCUUCACCACGCAGCAGGAUGUUCUGCUUGGAAUCUUGCAGUAUCUACACUACAGCCUGCCCUCGUUUGUUAUGUCAGGGAUAAUUGAUAUAAUUUUCUCAGUGUUUGAGUGCUGGAUCUAAUUUUGCCUUUCAUUAUCCUUUUUUUAUUGAAUAUAUGAACAAAAGAGAACUGCUUCUGUAUCUGCACUCUUAUUCUGAGGUGCUUUAUGGUUCCCUGGACCCAUUUAAAAACAUCUUAUGUUGAUGGUGCUAUUUGUACAUACUGUUUUUAAUAUUUAGUGGCUAAGAUCAGAUGCACUUUCCCAGUACCACCAUAUUGCUAUUUGCUUCUUCUAAUAGGUACUUUGCAUGCAUCCUAAGAUAACACUUACAUGUUACUUACAUGUCUUUGUUUCAGAAUUAGACUUGCAUGAAUUUAUGAAUAAGGGUUUGUUUGUAUUCGUUGGUUUGUAAAAAUUUGUUUGGACCCUUGCAAAGAGUUAUGUGUGAAACUACCUGUAUAAUAGAAUGAGCAUUCUAUAGCAAUGACCCAUGCAAGCCUGCAAUCUUGGAUCUUGAAUGAAUCAGGCAGUAUCCCACAAAACAGUUGCCUAACUUUAAGAGGGAUUCUACUCUUGCCUUAAGUCAUUCUUUUUGUUGUUGACCUACAUUUCCUUAAACUAUGUAAAGCCUGAUCAGGAAUUUCUGAAAGUGUGCCAUGGUCAGCUAGAGAUUAGCUCAGAGUUCAAAGAGGUGGUAAACAUUUAUUAUUAGUUUAUUAUUAUGACAGAUUUAAAAGUUUGUUUUCCUGAUUUUUUUAAAAGUGUCCUUCACUGCAAUAUCACAACUUGUCUGAUAGUUACAGCAGUUCUUGAUCUAGGCUGUGUUUAUGACAGUAUUAACAAUGCAUUUUUGUUUCAUUUUGUUUCUUAAAUAAUAUAUGCUUAGAUUUAUUUAUUUAAUUGCAUCUAAAGGUAUUUUUCUUUGCUAAUAUAUGUGAACAUUUGUGAGCCUUAAAAACAAUCAACUUUUCAUUUGGCCAUUAAGAUAACCCUCAUAUAAAGAUGCUGUGAACAAGAAAGACUUUUCUUGUGACUAAAACUUCAAGCCUUGUUGGUGACUUGCUGCUUCUUGGAAUGUUAGUAUUGUGGCAACUGUGGUGAAGAUGAUAAUAAAGAUGUCGUCCAUAGGAAUAAUCAUAUUUAUUCAUGCAUGUUGUGUACAGAUGACUCUAAAUGUACUGCCACCAAUAAAUAAAUAUGUAAGAAAAAGUUUAUAAA